GGUCAGCGACCGGCUCUGCCUCGGCGCGGCUGAAGAUGCAGCGGGUGGGGAGGGCGGUGGUCCGGCUGGGUUCGCGGCGAACGGGCGGAGAGAGGACGCUUAGCUCCGGACAGGAACUCUUGAAGAAAACACCAUUGUUUGAUUUUCACCAAAGCCAUGGGGGGAAGAUGGUGGCUUUUGCCGGUUGGUGUCUGCCUGUGCAGUACCGAGACAGCCAUGUGGAGUCUCACCUGCACACCCGGCAGCGCUGCUCCCUCUUCGACGUGUCACACAUGCUGCAGACGAAGAUACUUGGUCGUGAUCGAGUGAAGCUGAUGGAGAGCCUAGUUGUUGGAGACAUUGCAGAACUGAAGCAAAAUCAGGGGAUGCUGUCUCUCUUCACUAAUGAAGAAGGUGGCAUUAUAGAUGACCUGAUAGUGACCAACACUUCAGAUAAUCAUCUGUAUGUGGUGUCUAAUGCUGGGUGCUGCGAAAAGGACAUGACCCUCAUGCAGAACAAAGUAAAAGAACUGAAAAGCGCUGGUUGCGAUGUUGACCUGGAGAUGAUUGAAAAUGCCCUGGUAGCUCUGCAAGGACCCUCUGCGGCUCAAGUGCUACAGGCCGGGGUGUCAGAUGACCUGAGGAAGUUGCCUUUCAUGACCAGUGCAGUGAUGAAUGUGUUUGGUGUCCCAGGCUGCAGGGUGACCCGCUGUGGAUACACUGGGGAAGACGGUGUGGAGAUCUCGGUACCGGCAGAACGAGCGGUGCAACUGGCCGAGCUACUUCUGGGGAACAAGGAGGUGAAGCUGGCGGGGCUUGCUGCCCGGGACAGCCUCCGGCUCGAGGCCGGCCUCUGCCUCUACGGAAAUGACAUCAACGAGAGCACCACCCCCGUCGAAGGCAGUCUGGUCUGGACCCUGGGGAAACGCCGCAGAGCUGCCAUGGAUUUCCCUGGAGCUGCUGUCAUCGUCCCCCAGAUUAAAGGGAAGCUGAAGCGGAAACGAGUGGGACUGAUGACCACCGGAGCCCCAGUGCGCCAGCACAGCCCCAUCCUGAAUGCGGAAGGCGUGGUGAUCGGGGCAGUUACCAGUGGCUGUCCCUCGCCGUGUCUGAAGAAGAAUGUGGCUAUGGGCUACGUAGAUGGAGAUCACAGCAAACCGGGGACUCCGCUCCAGGUGGAGGUGCGAAAGAAGAAACAGGCAGCCAUCGUCAGCAAGAUGCCCUUUGUGCCUACCCGCUAUUACACUCUGAAGUGAGCUCCCCUCCCUCCUGGAGGGGCCCAGGCAAGCGCACGAUCUCUAUUCCAGUCAGUCAUUUGGGGAGAGAAGUAUCCAUGCAGCAAAUCACAGCUGCUGAUCUAGGGUCUUAGCGUAGAUCUUCCCUGGGGGGCUUGAGAUAAUAGCCGGUGCCAGGGCGUCACAUUACUAGGGUGCGGGUGGUCGGGGAAGAACAUCAGGCAGCUUCUUGGAGGUCGGGGAAGCCUUAGAAAACUCUCAGUUCUGCCAUCCCUGUCUAGUUCACUAAGUAGUUGGAGCAGUUUUCCCAGAGGGUAUCUUAGAAGAGGUCAGUGCUGAAACGGCGACCAGAGAUGAGUAAGAAUUCAAGUAGUAGAAAGGAACAAGAAAUGGAAAAAACAAAUCCAGUCCCUCAGGCCCCAAAAGGCCCUCAAACUGAGCCAUGGCCCCGAUGCUCUCAAACUUUGGAUCAUCGGCCCUGUUUACUGCAGUUUACCCGAGCUGGGCCUUUUCCUCUUGUUUAGCUGAGGCGUCCCAAGGAAGGGUCCAUCUUUGACCGUCAUUUCCACAAAACGUCUCGUGUCAGAACCGAAACAAGCGUAAGGCACAGAUGAACUUAAGAUGGUAGCGUGUAGGAUCCCAUCCCUGCCCCAGAUAGCUGGGCCGCAGUGGGGUGGCCUCAUAACUCAGAUUUCCGGAAUGAAAGUGACCCUGUGUCGUGUCUUUAACCUCUCGGCAUGAACCACCUUGAGGGCCGGAAGGUUGGCAUCCUGGAGACGCUCACAGAGUUCUCCCUCUCAGUUUGGAGCAAGUAAAGCAGGGUUGCCCAACCGUCCGUCAGAUUUGCGCAGCUGUCCCUGCUCGGUCCCUGCCCGGAAGGCUGGACCGGUGGCAUCAGGGUCGCCCAAAUGUCAGUAAAUUCCAGGAUGGCCCAUACAAAUAAGCUAAAAUGGGGAGCGUCCGAAAAGCCAGUGAAAAUAUUUCAGUAGCUGUUAAUAAAGUGGCCGCGGCAGACUUGGGUGAGAGGCGGUGGAGCUUAGCGG